CUCUUCUACCUCCUCCUCUUCCUCUCCGCCAUCCACCGCACCUUCACCUCCUCCUCCCGCUACCUCUCCUCCCUCGGCUGCACCCGCCUCUCUCCCCUCCUCGCAACCAUCCCCACCUCUUCCUCAGCCCUCUUCGCGCUCUACAUGAUCGCCUCUUUCCUCCUCCCCCAACUCGAGCGCUGGCCUACCACCUUCUUCUACAUCAAGGCCGCUAUCGCUGCUAUCCCCUGGCCCGCCCGCUUUGCCUCCUCGCACCCGCUCCGCAUCUUCCUCGACGCCCGCUCCAUCCUUCUCUCUUCUGGUCUAUAUCCUGUGUUUUCUCGCCAGGGCUGCCUUAUCUCCAUGUGGCUCUUACUCUCCUUCUACAUCCUCUUUGCUCUCACUCCCCUCCUGCGCUUCACCCUCUCCUGUCUCUACAAAACCGCUCUUCUCCCGACUAAACUAUUCGCCCAAAACACCUCCCGCUCAGACCUCGCAGUUAUCAUUGCAGAGAUUAAAGCGCAGGCAGCUGACCGCGACGCAAAGCACUCUCUUCUUCUGCAGCAGACAUUUACCGCCUUCGCCCUCGAACUGCGCGAUCACUCUGCCCGUCUUGAUGCCUCUUUUGCUCAAAGAUCUGAUUUUGUCCAGCAAUCAGAUCUUGUCCGAACAUCAGAUCUUGUUCAGAACUCAGGUCUUGCUCAGCGCUCAGACUCUCCGCAAAACCCAGACAAUGCCCCCCUCGACGCCCUCUCCAAACAAAUCCACAAGCUCGAAGAAAACUCCCGCUUCCGCUCCUACGAGCACCGUCUCCUCAUCGGCGAAAACAAGCGCAAACUCUCGCACGAGCUCUGCACCUACCGCGGCGACGUCAUGCUUCACAUCAACAAACUCUCCGAAUGGCUCAACGGCGAACUGCCCAAACACCUCGAGGCGCAGGGAAGCAGGCUGUACUCGCGCCUCGCCGCGUACUUUGAUCUCGCGGACGUGCAUCAGUUGAAGCUUGCGGAGGGGCUCGAGGAGCAGAUUAAGCACUAUACCGAGCAGCACGCGUCUGUGCUCGCGGGGCAGAUUUAUAAUAUGGCGGUGAAUGUCCAUCAGACUGCUUCUCGGUUUAACGAGUGGGAGAAGGAGGUCUCGAGUCGGUUGCUGGCGAUCGAGGAUGCUCUACAUAUCCCGCAACGGCCGCCGCUGAAGGAAAUUAAUCAGCCGUCUGCUUAGUCGUCGUAUUGUUUAUUCCAAGGACCUGUAUUUUUACCUGACUCUGACUGUACUGUUCUUUAUCUCUUCCUUCUGAGCUAUGGAGAGACUAUACUAUUAUCACCCCGAUCCGAUUCUACUCUACUGUUAUCACUACUGUUAUCUUAUUAUUACCCUCUAUGUAUGACACUUCAUACCAACGCGCACUGUUAGUGCAUACAGCUCACGAACAAAUCCGUGACAGAACGCCAUUGAAUAUGGCCCGAUUCCACUCUUCUUCCUUGUCCCCGUGUAUUUUGUGUACACGCC